CAAAACCCCAAACCCUUCUCUCCUCUCUCUUCAUUUCCCUUUCAACCCUCCCAGAGACCACCACCGCCCCAACAAUGGCGACCCCUCGUUCACUCUGCCGCACCCUCCGCCACUUCUCCACAACCACCAGACCCACUCUCCCCCAUUUCUCCGAUCCCACCUCUUCAACUCCACGCCGCGACACCGAAGAGGCGGCGAAGCUAGCAGAGCUGCGCAGGUACCUCAAGCUGCUUGAGCUGCGGAGAGACUAUGUGAAGCAUGUGCAGGAGACCCGCAUGAAGCCCAUCAUGGAGGUUGAGCUCAUGAGGCUCGAGAUGUUCCGCGUCGAGGAGGCUCGUAAAGAAGCCGAGCUUGAGCAGACCAAGCGCCUCAGGGCUGAGACCGCCAAGCGUCGCGCCCAAAAGCGGGAAGCUGCCAAGCAGCAGCAGGAAGAAACCCUAUUAAAACAGAAAGCAGAAAAGUAUGAGAUCUCGAAGAAGAAGGAAUUGCUUAGAGAAGAAAAGAAAAAGGAGAAGAAGACCCAGAGUUCCUCUGGGGUCUAGGAACCAGUACCGAGAUGAAGAUCUAGAAGGCAUUGUUGAUACCACACUGGUUCGAGUCCAUUCUAUUUCCAAAUGUGUUCAAACUAGUCUAUAGAGAGUCGCCAUUUGACAAAGAUAAUCAGAACCGUCUUUUCUACCUUAGGCUAAUGUUCUCCUUGUCAUCCUCCAAUAAUAUUCCAACCACAAGUAUUUUCUUUGUUCGAUUUAUAGAACUAUUCAUUGAUGGUUUGAGAGAUGGAUUCUCACUUUC